AUGACUACAAACUCCUCUUUGAUUAAAAAUUUAUCAUUACCAUCUCACUCUUCAACAACAAUAACAACAAUAACAGCAACUUCAUCAUCAACUUCAUCAACUUCAUCUUUACCCUCUUCUAUCUCAUCUGAUAUCUUAUCAUCACCAACUUCUCAAUCAGCAUUUAAUAUACCUUCUAUUUCAUAUGAUCCUCAAGAAAAGUAUCUUACUUUCUUCACUCAUAGUGGUUUCCAAAAUCAAUUGAUACAAGUCGAAAAUGGAAUAUUAUUAGCAUGGUAUCUGAAUCGAACCUUGAUAUUACCACGAGCUCUUCUUGGUGAAGCAUUUGGAUGGAGUCAGUUUGCCAAAUUACAAUUAGAACAUCAAUUACGAGAUCAAGAUACUACCGAAGAUUGUGAAGAAUUUAGCAAUGAUAUGGAACAAUGGAAAAUUCAAUGCCCAAAUCGUGAUCGAUUUGCCAUGUUACCUUUUGAUUCUAUCUUUGAUCUUUCGUGGGCCAAGCAACAUGUGAAAAUAGUCGUGCGUGAACAAGCAAAUGAUGCAUGGUUGGCUUCGACCUUUGGUAUUUAUCGUGCUGGUGGCGCAGGUUCUAAUGAUCCUAGUCGAAUGGUGGAUGAAGAUAUGGUAGAAGAACAAGAUUAUGGGUCCUACGUAGAUGGAGAUAUUCUCUAUUUCCGUGGUGAAACGCGAUACGAUUGGCGAAUUUUUGAUACACCUCGAAAAUCUCAACGUCUUGGCAAGUACGCAGAUGCUCUCAACAUUUACGAUCUACGACGACGAAAGGAAAAAUUGAUACAUUUCUCAUCUCUUUUUGGUUCGGGAAAGUUACCUAUCCGACGACCUGAACAUUACGAUUUUUUACGUUCUCUACAACGAAGUAUUACCUAUCGACAUCCUGCUGUCUUGGGGAUGACUGAUUUGAUGGUGAAUAAAUUAGGUGGACAUGGAAAUUUCAUUGGCCUUCAUAUCAGAUCGGGUGAUGGAUGGUUUGUCAACGCACUACCAGAAAACGUUCUUAACAUUGUAUCAAAUAUCAAUCGCGCAGUACAAUCUCAACAACGACGACAAGAUACCUUAUUGGAUUCAGGAUUGGACGAGGAUAAUAACAUAAAUCAAUACAUCAAUCAUCAAAAUCCUUCUUUGUCAUCAACACAGCCACCAAUUACAACCAACAAUGGAGUACCAGAUCUGGGACAAUGCGUUACAGCUGCCAAAAAUGGACAAACUACCUUGAUUUAUGUAGCAACAGAUGCCCGGGACCCAAGAAUGAACAGUGCUUUCGAGCCUCUAUGGAAAUUGUACCCCUGCAGUUUUACUAUCCACGACAUUAUCGCACAAGAGGAAGGUAACAGCAAUCGUGGUGGUCUGGAUGAUGAUGGUGAUCUUGAAACGGAAGAUAAUGAUGAUGAAGAUGCUGCAGCAGCGGCAGCUUCCAUGGGUUGGGCCAUUCUGGACAGGGAACGUAAUCCAUCCACUGGAACAAGUAUGCGGAAAUUUCUCUUGCCUUUGGUGGACGCUUCUAUAUCAAGUCGUGGCUGGUUCUUCAUUGGUAGCAAAGGUUCCACUUUUUCGGGUUAUAUUCAUCGACUUCAUGAUGUUUAUUGGUCAACUACAAAGAAAAAUGAAUUUACUGCUUCUUCCUCAUUGGCUGAUGAAUAA